AACAAUGGCAACAUUUUCUUAGUGCGGAGAGGACGACGUAGGGUUGGUUGUGCCGUGUUUUCUUUGAUUUAGGCUCCACACAAAAAAUUCGAGAUGGUGCAGGUUACCCCUGAUGUCGCGUGGAGCAUCCUGCGCAAGAAUCACGCAUUUCUCAUGAAGCGUGAUCACUGCAAGCCUUUCUCUAAGGAACGCUACAAUCUCAAGAACAUCCACAGCAAGAAAUACAACGGCUUCAUUCCCAAAUCUGUAAUUGAUGUUGCUAGCACCAAGGGCAACCGCGGUAUUGUCAUCUCACACCGCAAGAAGGGGCAUCAGUUCCGUCCCGCCCUGAACUACUGCCGCGAGUCAAUUCGCACCAGCGACCGCCACAUCUUCCGUCACAUCAGGAUCCUGACCCGCGGCCUUAAAUGUCGACAGGAUUUGGAAAUGACUGCUCUGGCGCGCGCUUCGACGCUCCUGAGGGCCCAGCAAAGAAUUGCCAACAGGAAGCCAAUGCUGUACAAGCUGAAGGCUAAGAAAGUGAAGAAGGCCAAGAAAGAAAAGAAGGCGUCCAAGAAAGCUGCUGCUGCUGUAGCCGCCGCCACCAAGUAAUUCCUCAAUAAACCGAGGUUGUCAGUC